AUGCAGUUUGCAGCUUGCAGCUUGUGCAGCAUUACUACUGACAUGCGUCUGAAACUAGAGCUGGACCCUCCUGGAUUCGACCAGAUUUCAGCAAGUUCUGACGGCGGUAUAGCUCUAUUCGGCAGUGGAGCCGGUACCUCUUCAGACCGGCCAUCCGAUGUGCCGUUGGUGGCUGUACAAGCCAAACGCCGACAUGCUGGAGGAUUGCACGGGGGUACUGGGCAGCCGGAGCGCUUCAAUUAUAAGAUCCUCGGCCAAGAAGUGGCUGAGCUGUUAGGUAUCGCCUGCGAGCAGGAUCGGCUGUUGAACCGGCGUGAGGACCAAGAGGCGUUUCUUAUUUCGAUACACGGCACACAAGUGCGACUUGUUGCCGCGUACUUCACAGCCGACUAUCUGCAUGCGGUGAAGUCGAAGUUCCUUGCCGCCGACCAAUAUCUCUGGGUUCGCAGAACCAGGGCAAUGGAGCUCAAAAGUCGACAGGGACGCGUAGAGGCCCUUAGAAAUCUGUACAGCGGCGAGGCGAAGAUGAACCAGAUUCGUCUUACCAAAAGUCAGCUCCAAGCCACUUACGAGAAACCCCGACCCUGA